GUGGGAGUACGAAUAUACUUAGUCAUGAAGUCUUUUUAGGACAAGAAGCAAGACGUGUUUUUGGCAUCUACACAAAGCUGAAUACCAUAUUACCCAGGAGGAAGUGAUUUUCUGCGAAAGAAAAGCCCAGAGUGUGAGGAAAUGAGAGAGAAAUUCCGCGAGGCCGCUCGAGGUGUGGCCGAAACAGUCCUUCUGCUGUGAGGGAGAAUUGCUCUCCUGUCUUUUCUCUCUCCUGAUGCCUCCUUCUGCACUGUAAAUUCAUGAUCACAUGACUUUGGAUAUGGACGCAGUCCUGUCCGACUUUGUCCGUUCUACUGGAGCUGAACCCGGACUGGCCAGAGACCUGCUGGAGGGAAAGAAUUGGGACCUCUCGGCUGCGCUGAGUGACUUUGAACAGCUGAGACAAGUGCACGCUGGGAACCUCUCAUGCACCUUUGCUGAGGAGAGAGAAUAUCCCUCCAUUGAGCGGAUAGGGCGGCCCCUCUUGCAUCGCCAAGAUGAGGUUGUGCAAGGUACAAAAGCACUAGAAGCAGCCACAGAGAAGCGACUGUCGAGGGGAAUCUCUCACGCCAGCUCCACCAUCGUCUCUCUGGCCCGCUCGCACGUGUCCAGUACGGACGGCAGCAGUGAGCCGCUUCUGGACACUCCGCUCUGCACCUUCCAGUUGCCUGACCUCACAGUCUACAGAGACGACUUCCGCGGCUUCAUCGAGAGAGACCUCAUUGAGCAGUCCAUGAUGGUGGCACUGGAGCACGCUGGACGGUUGAACUGGUGGACUCGUUUGGGGACUGGCUGUCAGAGUUUAUUACCUCUGGCUACUAGUGGUGAUGGAAACUGUCUGUUACACGCUGCCUCACUGGGUAUGUGGGGCUUUCAUGAUCGAGACCUGAUGCUGCGGAAGUCUCUCUAUGCACUGAUGGAUCAUGGGCAGGAGAGGGAGGCUUUAAAGCGAAGGUGGAGAUGGCAACAAACCAUGCAGAACAAAGAGUCGGGACUGGUUUACACAGAGGAAGAGUGGCAGAAAGAGUGGAAUGAGUUGUUGAAACUGGCAUCCAGUGAACCCAGGAUACACUACAGCACUAACGACAGCAACGGUGCCGAGUCACAGGAGGAGCCGGUGUACGAGAGCCUGGAGGAGUUUCAUGUGUUCGUUCUUGCUCAUGUGCUCCGCAGGCCGAUAGUGGUGGUGGCUGACACCAUGCUGCGGGACUCUGGGGGAGAAGCUUUUGCACCAAUCCCAUUUGGAGGGAUUUACCUGCCCCUGGAAGUACAAGCCAACAAGUGCCACAGCUCCCCUCUCGUUCUGGCAUAUGACCAGGCCCAUUUCUCUGCCCUGGUCUCAAUGGAGCAGAAAGACCGUUCCAAAGAACAAGUGGUGAUCCCUCUUACGGACUCAGAUCAUAAGAUGUUGCCUUUGCACUUUGCUGUGGAUCCUGGAGAAGACUGGGAAUGGGGCAGAGAUGACAAUGAUAAUGUGAUGCUAGCAAGUGUAACCUUAUCUCUGGAGGCCAAGCUCCAUCUGCUGCAUAGCUACAUGACUGUCACCUGGCUUCCUCUACCCUGUGAGGUACAGCAGGCCCCAUUGGCCCAACCAGAGUCACCUACGGCAUCUGCAGGAGAGGAUGCCCGCACCCCGCCAGACUCUGGAGAGUCUGAUAAGGAGUCCGUCAGCAGUAGUUCCAAUGGCAAUGGAGACAGCAGCACUACUGGAACCAGUGGGACAACAGGCAAAACGAGUGGUGGAUCUUCCAGCUCCUCUAGCUCAUCCAGUAACAGUUCAACAGAGACAACCAGCACAAUUGGAAAGGAGAAGGGGAAGAAAGACAAAGAAAAGGAUAAGGACAAGAAACGUGCAGACUCCGUUGCCAACAAGCUGGGUAGCUUUGGCAAGAGCUUGGGCAGUAAGCUGAAAAAGAAUGUGGGAGGCCUGAUGACGGGGAAGAAUACAAUUGGAACUGGACCCAAACAGGAGGGUCAAGAGAAGAAGAAAGGCUCUCUGAGAGGUCGUAAGGACAGCUCUCCCUCUAUUCAAACCGGCUCUGAGGACUCUGGGAAAGGUUCACCCUCCUCAACCAGUGAGCGGCAAAAUGGAAGCUAUUCUUCAGAAAGUGACCCUUUUAAGUACAGCUCUGAUGUGAAAGUGAGUCUUAGCAUCCUCCGAUCCGCUAUGCAAGGCGAAAGGAAGUACAUCUUUGCUGCGGUACUCACUACAAGCAACCGGCAGCCAUUUCAGGAGGAAAUGAUCCAACGCUACAUGGUUGAUGCCGAGGAGCGCUUCCGUGCUGAACAGGAACAAAGAAGGGAAGCUGAACGGAAAGCGACAGGAGGUCUUGCAACAACUGCUGGGUCCCAACUGAAAAAGGAUGGGCCUGAGCUGAGUUACCGAAGUUUUGAAAGCAAAGAGGAAGUUACUGAUAACUCGCCUCCUACCUUUAAUGCUUUGAAGUCAUCGUCUUUCAGCCCGGUGAUGUACUCUGGUGUGGUCCCAAUCCCUAGGGCCACCUUCAUUGACCAUUCUCCUACCCCACCCACGCAGCAUCUCCAUAUGCAUGGUUAUUUGGAUACACGACGGCAGCUGGCAGGAGGUUCACCGUCUUCUUACCCAGGCCUACCAUCCUAUGCUACUUUGCCCCGACACUGCCCCCUAGCACAGGGCCCGCCCCAUACCCAGUACCACCCACCCUCCACCAGCUUGGGCAGCCCAUCCCGUAUCAUCAGCCCCUGCCUGACGUCUUUUCCCCAAGACCAUGACCCAAUUGAUUACCAAACCGAGCCUGCUGGAGGCUACAGGAAUGGCUUACGGGACGCACGAUUCACUUUGGACAGUCGCAACGGGCCGAUGCCCGUGCGGCAUUACUCUUUAGGCAGUGCAGGGGGCCUCGCCAACCUGCAGUCCAGCAGAUGCCGAACGCCUACCUGCAAUUACUACGGCCACCCCGAGACGGGCAAUUACUGCUCAUACUGCUACCGAGAGGAGCUGAAGAGACGGGAAACAGAGCCGGCCAUACAUAGGUUUUGAAUGGACAAUCUCUGUUCAGUUUCUCUCCUUUAGGACUCAUUGGAGCCCACCGUGUGAGCCACAACAUAUCCUGUUUGUGUGGAUCGUUGUUUAAGUUCGGCCUUUCUGAACCAGGUUACUGAGACUCGGCGUCCACAAUGAGUGGCCAUUGUGGGAAUGGAACUGCUGUUGUGUUACAUUUGCUGUGGCUCAUAGGCAGGAGCUUUAAGCUCCUCCCACAUUUGCUUGAUGUGGUCAUCCUCUUUCCUGUCUCCUUAUCUCCUCCUAGUGGUGAGAAUGUAGAGCACAGGCAAUAGACAUUGGAGCACAGUGUGCUGUUGCAUCACACGAACACGCCACAUACCCCAAAAUACAUGUUAAGCACAACCAGAAAAUCCGUAUUUAUAUCCGCUGCAUUUGUAUACAUAAUAAUAGACAUUUCAAGUAGGAUUUCAGCUGCAAUCAAUGUAAGACUUGCCAUAUUGCGAGUGUAAGGCAAAAACACACGGUUAACUUCAAGUGAGUGUUAUCUGCAUUGGACCAACGCUACAAUAAUUUAACUUGUAUCCUUUUGAAGCCAUACUCGACUGGCUUAAAUUAGCUAAAAUGGUGCUUUCUCGCUUCUAAGAUGUUCAACUUAUGGAGCUGAACCUUGAUAGCCAAAGGUUUUGCUUUGGGUCUUCACAUGUCCAUAUUAAAAAAUCACAGUCGUUUAUGUUCUAUUAAGUGUUUCUAGAACAUUUAAAAGUGCAAAACCUUUCAAAUUUGUGCAAAAAAGGAAGGAAAUCAGAUGUCAUUUUUCAGAAAUGGUUCUAGGUGGUAAAUGGUAAAUGAGUUCUAGGUGCUCGCAGGUCUUCAAACGUUACUGCCCCAAAUGAUAAUGAUCGAUCACCCCCAAAGCAGACCAAAUCAAGCACUUUUCUAAUGUCCAGAGGUUGUGCGUGUGGGUUCCAGACAUGACAAUGAAUAGACUGUUAUGUUGCUGUGCUUCUAGUCUGGCAUUUUGCUUUGUUCUGGAGGUAGAGCUUGCAGUUCCACUGGCGUGGACUGCAGAGGUCAGGGUUCGGCUGUAGGUGCCACUGUUGUGUGCAAGCUCACUUGUUUCCUAGUUGCCUUUUCAGUCUUCGUUCAGGGGGAUUGUUGAUCAGAAUUUCUACUUUUGUUUGAUUUUGGGUACGCAGUGCUGAUUAUAGUGUUUUUGAUAUUUGUGGAUGUAGAGGGAUGCUAGCAGAUCUCUCAGUAUCUCAAUUAUGCAAUGCACCAUGCAUCGAGAUUUUAUCUUUUCAAAAUACUAUUACACUGUUAACAUACAGUAAAGCCUCCGAUAAAGCCAGCCAGAAAUGAAAAUACUGUUAUUAACUCAGCCUUGCACGCUAUUCCAAACCUGUAUGACAGGCAAAUACAAAAGUAGAUUGUUCUUUUCCAUACAAAAAAAAGUAAAUGUGGACCAUACAACUUGUGCAGUAUAUUUCAAGUAGCCAUGCAAUAACUUAAGGUAAGUAAUGGACCAGAAGUCAUUAUUCACAGAAAGUCUUCCGCUCCAUUUCACCUACUGGCAAAUUUGACGCCAGUGAUGACAAACAGCAUUUGGUUCUUGUGUCUUAACUGAGCACAACAAGCCAAAGUGAAUGUGCGAAUGAGAUUUUGAGAGCUACGUUGGAGAGCAAAACUGCUAAUAUAGCACACAUGCACUCAGUUUUCUGUGAAUCUGAGUCUAGAUGUGUCAAACCAGUCUGUUACAUGUCAUUUACUUGUUGCUAAUUGUGCUCUGUUAAAAUAUUUAGUUACAGAGUUUUGACUUUGCACAGCAGAGCAAAUGUCCCCAUUUCAUUUCAUUAUAUGGAAAAGAGCAGACUGGACGUUCUGCUAAACAUCCCAUUUUGUGUUUGACAGCAGAAAGAAAGUCAUACAGGUUCAGAACGAAAUGAGGGUGAGGAAAUGAUGACAGGUUCUUCAUUUUGGGCUGAACUGUCCCUUUACCUUCUCAUUGCUCAUGUGAAAUGGGCUCUAUAGUACUGUAAGAGGAUGUUGCUGCUGUGAUCAUGUUCAUUUGAUGUGGUUAAGUGUUAGUGUGCUGCAUUGGUGGUAGAUGUAGAGCUGGUGUUGUAGUCACAGCGAACUCCCUUCCGCUUCUCAAACACUCAAUACAGAUGUAAUCAGUCGUAUGCAAAUAUUUGUAUAACUGUGUCAGCUCAAGGCCACAAAGUUCCCACAUUUGCAUUACUGAUUUGCACAAUUAAAUAUAUGCUAGGUUAGUAUCCUAACAAAAUUUUCACAUACCUCUUCUCUUCAUCUGGUAUCUCCCAUGUGUUUGAAGCUGUACAUUCUCAAAUUAGAUUCAUUUACAUUUUGAUGCACUAAAUUGUCUAUUGUCUAAGACAGAGUAAAGUUUUGCAGCAAAGUAAGAACCUGAAGGUUUGCUAGAUUGAUUUUUCACCCAAAAGACAGCAAGAUUUUUGACAUGUUAUUCACUCUUAUAACCAAUAGAUGGCACACAUGUUUAGGUUUCUGUUACUCUCAUCUUUGUCUGAAUCGAUGCAUCCCUAGUGACCCUUUGAGACAGAUGACACACAUUUUCAUAGUGUAAAUAAGGGACACAGAGUAUGCUGCUGCUGCUUUUGGAUUCAGAUUCUCUUUUUUUUUUUUCCCCAGUCAAGCACAUUUGAAUAGAAGCAAACAAUUAACUUAUUUUUACCAUAUACCAUUUACCCAGAUUUCCACUCUGCUAAGUCGCAAAAAGGAAUUCAGCGUGUGAGCUUGUCUUUGUGUGUGUGUGCGUCUGGUAAAUUGUGCUUUUGCAAACCUAUUGCAGCUUCAAGGCACAAACAAGAGGAAGUUGUCAGUGAAAUAACAGCUACUCUCUGUAGGAGUUUAUGUUCUCCUUCCAAUGUACUCAUCGCUUGCGUUUAACGGAUCCAGUUAUUUAACGAAUGGUCAGCCACCCCGAGCAUUGGACUUCAAUAAGAGUGCAGACAUUUUUGUAUUAAGAAAUAAAAAUGUAUAAAUACGUUCAAGUUAUUUUUGUAAAUCAAACGCAGUUUUACAGUGUUUUUUAAAGAUAAGAAUGUAUGCUGUAGGAGUUGAAGUCAGCUGAAUUGGUGGUGGAGUCAGUAUUCUGGAGCGUAUGGCGAGAAGCCUCUUAAAUCUGUGUGUUUCUUGUGAACAAACUAAUUUCUCCAUCAGUGAUCUGACAAGGUAUGAUUUGAAAAUAUAUAUUUGUAGUAAGAUUUUUCAAAAGUUUGGGAUGUUUAGUUCUGAAACUAGGAUGUUCUUUCUUACGUGGCUAGUUGUCAAGCAGACGGGCCUCCUGAAGUUUCUUAAUUUCGAUUUCUAUUUUAAAGCAAUUAUGAUACUUAAUCACAUUUUGAGUACAUUUUUUAAUGAUUGUGGGUGUGUCCACCAUCAGUUUUCACACACUAAAUUCUCUUAUUUAAUACAGUGGGCUUUUUGUUAUGAUAUAGCUUACUAUUUUUAUAUGGUAUGUUUUCAUGGAUGUGACAGAGCUACAGUCAUCAGCAUUCUACAAUUUGCAUGAGACUGAAACUGUUGCAUGUACAGAACUGGCAGAUGCAAUUUAUCUAAUCAUAUUUGUGCAUUACUUCAGGCUAAUUGGGCAAUUUGUGUUUGUUUUCAGCUGUUUUUUACCUUUCUCCUUGUUUGAAAGGUGACCCCAGGUUGUGUGACAGUGCAAUCUAGGAGGAAAGAACAUCUGAUUUUUAUGUUAGUUUUAUUUUAUUUUUUAAUUUAUUUUAUUUUUGCACUGU